AACUGCAGUAAAAGGAGUUAAGUCCUGACUUGUCUCCAGCUGGGGCUAUUUAAACCAUGCAUUUUCCCAGCUGUGUUCAGUGGCGAUUGGAGGGUAGACCUGUGGGCACGGACGCACACCACUUUUUCUCUGCUGAUCCAGGCAAAUGUGCAAUACCAACAUGUCUGUACCUACUGAUGGUGCUGUAACCACCUCACAGAUUCCAGCUUCUGAACAAGAGACCCUGGUUAGACCAAAGCCAUUGCUUUUGAAGUUAUUAAAGUCUGUUGGUGCACAAAAAGACACUUAUACUAUGAAAGAGGUUCUUUUUUAUCUUGGCCAGUAUAUUAUGACUAAACGAUUAUAUGAUGAGAAGCAACAACAUAUUGUAUAUUGUUCAAAUGAUCUUCUAGGAGAUUUGUUUGGUGUGCCAAGCUUCUCCGUGAAAGAGCACAGGAAAAUAUAUACCAUGAUCUACAGAAACUUGGUAGUAGUCAAUCAGCAGGAAUCAUCAGACUCAGGUACAUCUGUGAGUGAGAACAGGUGUCACCUUGAAGGUGGGAGUGAUCAAAAGGACCUUGUGCAAGAGCUUCAGGAAGAGAAACCUUCGUCUUCACAUUUGGUUUCUAGACCAUCUACCUCAUCUAGAAGGAGAGCGAUUAGUGAGACAGAAGAAAAUUCAGAUGAAUUAUCUGGUGAACGACAAAGAAAACGCCACAAAUCUGAUAGUAUUUCCCUUUCCUUUGAUGAAAGCCUGGCUCUGUGUGUAAUAAGGGAGAUAUGUUGUGAAAGAAGCAGUAGCAGUGAAUCUACAGGGACGCCGUCGAAUCCGGAUCUUGAUGCUGGUGUAAGUGAACAUUCAGGUGAUUGGUUGGAUCAGGAUUCAGUUUCAGAUCAGUUUAGUGUAGAAUUUGAAGUUGAAUCUCUCGACUCAGAAGAUUAUAGCCUUAGUGAAGAAGCACAAGAACUCUCAGAUGAAGAUGAUGAGGUAUAUCGAGUUACUGUGUAUCAGGCAGGGGAGAGUGAUACAGAUUCAUUUGAAGAAGAUCCUGAAAUUUCCUUAGCUGACUAUUGGAAAUGCACUUCAUGCAAUGAAAUGAAUCCCCCUCUUCCAUCACAUUGCAACAGAUGUUGGGCCCUUCGUGAGAAUUGGCUUCCUGAAGAUAAAGGGAAAGAUAAAGGGGAAAUCUCUGAGAAAGCCAAACUGGAAAACUCAACACCAGCUGAAGAGGGCUUUGAUGUUCCUGAUUGUAAAAAAACUAUAGUGAAUGAUUCCAAAGAGUCGUGUGUUGAGGAAAAUGAUGAUAAAAUCACACAAGCCUCACAAUCACAAGAAAGUGAGGACUAUUCUCAGCCAUCAACUUCUAGUAGCAUUAUUUAUAGCAGCCAAGAAGACGUGAAAGAGUUUGAAAGGGAAGAAACACAAGACAAAGAAGAAAGUGUGGAAUCUAGUUUGCCCCUUAAUGCCAUUGAACCUUGUGUGAUUUGUCAGGGUCGACCUAAAAAUGGUUGCAUUGUCCAUGGCAAAACAGGACAUCUUAUGGCCUGCUUUACAUGUGCAAAGAAGCUAAAGAAAAGGAAUAAGCCCUGCCCAGUGUGUAGACAACCAAUUCAAAUGAUUGUGCUAACUUAUUUCCCCUAGUUGACCUGUCUGUAAGAGAAUUAUAUAUUUCUGACUAACCCUAAGAAUUUAGACAACAUGAAAAUUAUUUACAUAUGUCAAAGUGAGAAAAUGCUUCAGUCCACGUAGAUGUCUUCUUCUCUUUAGUAUAAUUGACCUACUUUGGUAGCAGAAUAGUGAAUACUUAAUAUAAUUUGCGUUGAAUAUGUAGCUCAUCCUUUACCCCAACCCCUAAUUUUAAAUAAUUUCUAUUCUGUCUUAAAUGAGAAGUGUCUUUUUUUUUUUU